CCCUCGGCUGUUGCGCUACACCCUGCCCGUCCGGCCGUAUCGCCCUCUACCUCACGCUGUCGUGCAUGCCUCGCGCUUUUCCUCCGCUGGUGAACCUCUUCACCGCCGCCUGGGUGCAGCACUCUGCUGCUGCACUACUACCUCGCACUGCGGGCUUCGUCUCAUUGCCCAGCGUAAGAUCUCGAGCGGCGUCAUCGAGCAUCCGAUUCAGCAGGUCACUUUCGAGGAACCUUGCUGGCACCUUCGAGGCAAGGCUAGGCCGACACCUGACACCGACGGCAUCAACCCUCCCUGCCAUGGCUUCGUUAUCGGCUUCUGCGGCAGGAAGAGGCGGUGACACCGCGCCCGACCUCCCGUUCCGUUACCAGUGGCCGCGUCCGGCGGUAACGGUGGACUGCCUGAUCUACGCUCUGGACGAGGGGAAGCCGUGGAUCCUGCUCAUCAAGCGAAAGAAUGACCCCUUCAAGGGGGGCUGGGCUCUCCCGGGCGGCUUCGUGGACCAGAACGAGGGGCUCGACGCGGCUGCCCGGAGGGAAUUGGAAGAAGAAACCGGUGUCACUAAUCGCACGAUGGUGCAAACAGGAGCAUACGGCGAUCCCGGGCGAGAUCCUCGGGGUCACACCAUCACCGUGGCGUUCAUGGCUUGGGCGCCGUCGAAGGCCGCGUGUAGCGCUCGCGCCGGAGACGACGCGGCGGAGGCACGUUUCUUCCCGGUUGAGCGUCUUCCGAGCAUGGCGUUUGACCACCUCAAGGUAAUCACGGACUCUUGGGCGAGGUGUCGUUUCGGAGCGACCAAUGACGGGGGCGGCGUGUCGGUGGAGGACAAGGCAAGCGGGCAAGCUCUGGGCGAAUAUUCUACCUCGUCAACGUCUGGCGCAGCAGGGUCCGUGGGGGCGGAAGCCCUGGGUUUGCUUGUUCCUGUAGAGGCGUCAUCCUGA